AUGCCCUUGUCCACCCACAAAAAGCAGGCGUCGGCCUCAUCUCUCGCCAAUUCCGCAACAUCCCCAAGCGUUGAUCUUAGUCCUGAACUUGUACCAGUUGUCACGCUUUUGCUGGCCCAGAGUCAUCGUCGAUACAUUGAGUCAAACUUUAUGCUACUUCGUGAUUUAAACAAUGAGGGCCAGCCGUCAGAUCGCAGCUGGUAUGAAGUUUAUGGGGUUUUAUCAGGUUUCCAAUUAGCAAUGUGGGAUGCUGAUCUGUUAUCUAAUUCUCGCGGAAAGAAAGAGAAUUUCACUAAAGCUACCAAGAAACUCGAGUAUCUUAAUCUUGCCGAUGCCACUUUCAAGCCCUUACUUAGUAUGCCAUCGUCAGGAAAGCCUUUGAACAAUGUUAUUUUGGUAUCGACAACCAUGAAAAAUCGAUUCAUUCUUCAAUUCAAAACCAAGGAGUUGCUCUUCAAAUGGCAUGCGGCAUUCAGACUUGCUUCCUUUGAAUAUGUACUGCUUCAAGAGGCAUAUACCGGAGCCCUUCUUUCUGCCAAAGGUUCCCGGUUGUCAGAUAUUAAAGUGAUAUUGGCAGAAUCAAAAUACAAUUAUGAACAUUGGGCCCUCAUUCGUUUUGGAGCUGGUGGGUCGUAUAGAAAAUAUUAUGUAGUGGUGGAAACUCACCCAAAGAAAAAGAAAAUGCCUAAUGGUCGUAUUUUGGUUUAUGAACACGACAAAAUCAAAAGGGCACCUCUCGUUGCGGAAAUUGUAUCCAGUUCGGCUGUUUAUGCAGUAUAUCCAAAUGCCCCUCAAAUGGUGGAUACCACCACUUUAAUAAAGGUUGAUGGGAAAGUGGUUUUCAACAAGAAAGAAGGCGCAAUUGAGAGUAGUGUAUUCUUCAUGCCAGAAACCCAUUCAUCGGUUCCAGGUUAUGACACAUUAAUUCGUUUUUUGAUACCUGCACUUGAUGCAUUUAAAUUAUAUGGUCGUCCUAAAAAGCUCAAUGCUGACAAAAAAGAUCCAGACUCGUUGUUAUUCGGGUUGCCUGUCUUACCUCAUGUUCACUACCUUCAACUUGAAGAGGCUCAAAAUAUUGCUGAUCCAUUGUCGGCAAUGAUGUGGCCUGUGUCUGAAUGGACUUCUCACUUAAAGGACUUACUUAAGCAAAAGAUGAUGGAGGGCUAUUCUGGUUGUGGCUCAACUCAUGGAAUUGACGGUGCGUUGAACUCCCCUGCCCUUGGAAGUCCAGCUAUGCGAACUGAUUCCCCAACUCAUCCAAAUUUUGUUCCAACACCCAAAAAGAAGAGGUUCAGUGGUCUUAAUGAUAGUAAGGAGUCUACUGUUCUUGCCGACAAUAAGUCCAUAAAUAUGAAUCAUUCAAAUAUUUCGUUAGAUUCCAAACCCCUUCAAGCAUAUAACUCUUAUGAAGCACCAAAUCCCUAUGGUCAGUCUUCACUCGAUAAUUCACCUUAUAACAACGGUAAGCCUUCUGCACCUGGAAAUCAAUUGCCUUUACCAUCUGAUCGCAGCAACAAUAAUUUAGAUUCAUCAUCUGAUUCUAACUUUUACAAUACAGCCGUGAUUGGAAAUAACUCUGGAGCCCCAUUAUCCUUAGGUAAGGGAUUGCCAUUACCUUUGGAUAAUAUGGGUCAAUUGCCGCUACCCUCUGAUAUGAAGAAUAUGAAUGGAUUGAGCAACAAUAAUAUCAGUAUUAACAAUCCAUAUGACCCAUAUCAAACAAAUCAAUACGAACUGCAACAAGGCAAACCAUCCUCGAAAAAUAUGCUCCAACAUUUACAAAUACCAUCGGAUAAAGCUAAUUUAGCGAUUGAUCAAGAUCCGCCAAAUAAAAGAAUGUCUGAAAUCACUCAAAUUUAUAGUGAUUAUGCCAAAUUACCUUCUCCAGGGGAUAGUAAUUUGACCUUUGCGUUGAAUAAGUUAAGUGUUAAUAUGGAAGUUGACGAUGAUGAUUUUGAUCUUGAUCAUAUCCUAUCACAAACGAAAGUUCAGGAAAAACGUAACAGUAAACUUGCCAUUGAUAUCUUCAAUCCAGAUUACUCUGAAGCUCUCCUAUCACCUUCAUUAGAUAGUACAAAUCCAUUCAGUUCAAGUGUGAGAAACAGCAGAAGCAGCGCCAACAUACCUGCUCCUAUUAUGAAUUCACUAGCAGCUUCAACCUAUGGUAAAAGCCAUGAAAGUAUUAAUUCAAGCAAUAGUAAUCCAACCCCUUAUGGCAAUCCAAAUAACACAGGAAUAGCUAACAAUGGUGGUGGUUAUUUUAAAUCCUCAGUGCAAGGUAAGAGAGUUUCUCAAAAUGCUCAACCUACUUUACCGCAAAUCAACAUUGAUGAUGAUGAUGAUGAAUUUGGAGGGGCAGGUGUUCCUCUCUCCAGUCGUGGACCUAAUGGUCCUCGCGCAUUACCUAAUAAUGUUUCACAAAAUGGUAUGGGAUCUCCAUAUGGUAAUUAUGGUGGAUACCACUAA